AUGGACACGAUGGAGCCCAUGUCUUCCGACCUCACCGACUUCUCUCCUGAAUCAACCCCUUCUCCCAUGGCUACUUCAAGCACGCCGCCCCAGACAUCAAGCAGCGCCACGUCAGGCCCGGCUUCUGGUCCCAACUCUGCGCGUCGACCGCCUCGAAAGAGCACCCUGACACAACAGCAAAAGAACCAGAAGAGACAGCGGGCUACACAAGACCAACUUGUGACGCUGGAGGCCGAGUUUGCAAAGAAUCCUACUCCCACCGCGGCCACGCGAGAACGCAUCGCGGCCGAGAUCAACAUGACGGAACGUUCAGUGCAGAUCUGGUUCCAAAAUAGCCGUCGACGAGCCAAGAUCAAGAUGCUUGCAAAGAAGAGCUUGGAGAGCGGUGAAGACUGUGACAGCAUUCCAGAAUCCUUGAGACAGCUGCUGGCCAUGCAGGCCAUGGAAUCUGGCAGACCCUUUCCUGGUCAACUCUUCCGCCGACCCGGUGGGCCAAUGGCUCAGUAUGGCAGCGGUGGAAUGUUGAUGAACGGAGAUCCUAAUGCUCAAAGCAAAGUUGUCAUCCAGCACUUCACCUGUCGAUCCCUGAGUAUUGGUAGCUGGCGACGAGUUGGCCAGAAUGCGAUGGAUCUCGUUAUCUUCUACUCGCCCGACAAAGCCUGCAUCACGUACUACAUCAACAACGAUUCGGCAGGAUAUAAGAUCGAGUACCCUUUCGCUUUCAUCAAGAGCAUCCAGUUGGAACCCGGUGACACGGCUCCAAAUGCCAAUGGAUCUCCACCCCGCCCUGGCGGGCUUGUCAUUGAGUUGACCAGGCCCCCGAAUUUCUUCAUGGACUCAUCCAACUCAGGAGGGUUCUACCAAUGUGGUGACUUCACAGAAGACCAGCAAGCCUCUCAGAUCCUGACACACCACUUGGGAGGUCACCCAAAGGUGUUGAGCGGGCAGCUUGCCAAGUUGGUGUCUCUCGAGUCCUUCCAAAACAGACAUAACCCCUUCGACAUGGGCGCCAUGCCUGCGUCUGCACCCGUCUCACCUACCAUGGGCAUUGUUAGACCUGCAUCUCAACCCUCGGUCCAAUUCGCCCGACCACAUCCUCCCCAUGUGGGAAUGUUCCAGGAACAGUAUGGUGUUAAUCCUCACCUCCACCUUGGUCGCAUGCAUCCUGGCCACAAGCGUCAACGAAGUCGAUCUGUGCCCAUCGCUCUUGAUUUCUCGAUGCUUCACGGACCCAUGCCCACCUUCCAUGUGCAGCAACCCUCUCCUCAAAUGACCCCCGACCACCACAACCUCUUCCAGCCAAUGCCUCAGCAACCUGUCCAGACGCCAAUCGGCCCAACGCUACAGAUUGAUACGUCUGCUGGUUACGGGAUGGAUUUCCGUCAGAUGCCCAUGUCGGCAACGGCCACAUCACCCUCAGAAUUUGCCAGUCCCGGCUUCUUCCCAUCCAACACGUCCCAAGGACCAAUGCCUGCUUCUGAGUUCGGCACUCCCCAGCAGUUUAACAUGCCUUUCCUCUCACCCUCUCCAAUGGUGGACGGUCACAUGAUGCCGUCUUCCGUUCCUCCCAUGGCACACAUGGGUCAUGCCGAUCCAGUUAUUGCAGACCACUCACCUCCAUUGUCGGCCCUGCAUCGGAGCGCGUCGGCCGACAUGUUCAGCAUGGGCCAUGACGGCAGUGGCAUGAUGGACGAGACAUUGAUGCUCGGCGAGAUGUACUCGAAACAGAGUCUCAACAUGCCGAUGCCAAGUCCGGGAAUUGACGAGAAGGGCAUGUUGAUGAUGAACGACAUGUCGGAAUUCCACACGCCGAUGGAGCACAUGGACAUGCCCAUGACACCGUUUGGCACCAUUGAUCCGAACAGCUUGCAAGCCGGUCUACAUCACUAG